UUCGACGGUCACCGGCGUCAGUACAAGUCCGCACCGCAGCACGACCGGCCGCGUCCAUCGCGAACACUACCGCACGGAGACCAGCAAGACGAAACAGUCCCGCGCGCAACAUGACCGCAGAGCCGAACGCGCGUACUUUCGUGGUCGAGUAAAGAAAUCGUAUUUAGGUUCGUCCAACGGCCGCGUAUGUUUGUAAACAACCGCGUGAACAGCGAUUUUCUCUCCGUUUUCGUUUCACUUCAGCGUCGCGCUCACGCGGAGUAAUAACAGUUUAACAUCGUUACAUACGGCGCGCGAGGACCACUCGCGGGUGUCGUCGUACGAUAAAAACUGCGUUAUCGUAACGUUUCAACGUUAAAUUGCUGUUGCUUCUGUCCGUAAGCGAAUCGUAAUCGCGAUCUGCUUCUCCGUUUCUAACCCAGCUGUAGCGCAGGAUCAGUGUUCCGGGCACACCGUUGCGCGUCCGAUACGAUCGACGUGAGGGCGAGCGUCGAGCUAAUGGCGACGGCCAGGUCCGCGGCGGUUGCCGUCGCGGCCGUGCUCGUAGCAGCAGUCGUGUUCACCGGCGUAUCGGCCAUAACGACGAAACCGUCGGCAACGGCCAUCAUUCAGACCACGUUGCAGGUGGUACCGACCGACGAAGCCAACGGUCAGCAGCGACCGUCGUUGACCGCGCGCUAUUGGCAAAAGCAACGGGACGCGGCCACGGCGUACGUUGGCGACGAGGACAAUGUCGACCCGACAGCCGAUCAGCCGUCCUACAAGCUUUCACCCGUUCAACAGGAACACAUACUGGACGACAUCCGCCGGCACAACCAACCGGAGCAGUGGUGGACCGCACCCGGUCCGACGGGCACGGUUGCGCCGUCGCCGACCGCGAACACGGAAGCGAUAUUUCGCGGUGGUGACGUUGGUGACGACGACAAAGACGAACGCGACCAAGACCGGAGUCCGGUGAACGAUCAACUGCAGCAGUUGUUGCAGAUCAACGACGUGGCCACCGCGGACGACGGCGUUACCACCGUGGUCAACCUAGACGACGACCGCCACGGUAAGCAGAGGUCCGUCGGUAACGGCGGGAUUGGUGGUGGUGGUGGUGGUGGCUGGCACCCGCAGCCGUCGCCGUCUUACAGCCGACCGCAGCAGCACCCUUCGUUAUCGCCGUACGUCCCACCACCGCCGGCCGUGAAACAACACCAACAGCAGCACUAUCCGACGAUUUUGCCGGGUUCCACCGUUCCCCCGCAACUCCACCAACAUCACCAACUCAACAACCAGCAGCAGCAAGUUUUCGUCACGACCUCGUCGUCGCAGUCGUCGCAGUCAUCACAGUCGUCGCAGUCGCCGCAGUCGUCGUCUGACGUACCGGUCACGUCGAACGGUCAUGGCCAUCACAACCAACAGUACGCGCAACAGGCGCAGUACUAUCCGAAACAGCAGCAGCGGCCGGCCGUGGUCGCCGCGUCCAGUGUCGGCGGCUUGGACGGCGAACUGGACCCGGACAUCGAGCAACAGAUCCGCCAGCAGUUGUCGGCCGUGGUAGGCGCAGGCGACGGCAAUUACACGAUACUAACUGGUGGCGGUAGCUUGGGCUCUCGCAUUACCGGAGCAGCGUCCAACGAUCACGUGCAGUACAUGAAGAUCGGUGGCGGCGGCGGCGGCUCACUACCAUCGUCGGCCAUCCGAAACCGCGGCCAGCAACAGCCGGCCGAGAGUAGCGCCGCCGCAGCCGCCGCCUCAGGGCCGAUCACCCCGAACAGGAACACGAUCGUCAAAACCGUCGUGGUGCACCAAAAAGCGUCGCCGAAACCAGUCGUAGCGCCAUCGGCUGCCGUGCCGCCCGCCACGGUCGGCAAGGUGACUCCGGCGCAGACAUGGUCGGUCAGCGAACAACAGCAGCUGGAACAGCUGGCGCGUCAGGUGCUGCCACCCGGUGUGGCGCAGUACGAGAUCAUCCGAGCCGGCGGCAUCGACGACGACGUGAAGGGCAGCGUGGUCGGUGACCCGGUGGCCGCGGCCACGAUCGGCAGGCCUGGAGACGCGCUCACAGUUGGCGGUGUGCCGCAGCAGCAACAGCCAGUGCUCGGCAAAAAGAAACCCGUCACGUUCGUCAUACUGGAGGAGCGGCCGGAUGGCACUGUCCGCGUGCGCGGCGUCGAGAAAAAGCAGCAAGUUGUGGGUGGAGGCAUCGUUGACGGCGGAAGUGGCGGUGGGGAGGCUACGGAUCAGUCGGGCCCGGUGGCCGCGGACGACGAACACCUCCAGCAGCUAGUCGACCGGUUGAACAGGGGUGAACUUCGGUUGCCCGGAGCGGGUUAUCCGUCGGUGUCCAAGACCAGCGGGGCGGACAGCGCGACGUUGGCCAGCACCACAGCCGCGACCACGCUUCCGGCUUACGUGCCAACGUUCGCCUCGACACCUUCGCCGCCGCCGCACAAGUCCAACGGUGGUUACGGCAUCACCAAACACCGCGAUUCGUCGUCGUCGUCCGCGUACUUCAGUACGCCCAAGGUUACUUCGUCCACGACCACCACGGCCACCACUCAACAGCAAAAACUGUACCAAAACAUUUUCCUACCCACCGUGGUGCCCACAGCCGCGGUAAGCGUCACCACCGCGCCUGAACAGAAGGACCGGUACCAUCACCAACAUCACCAGCAACAGCAACAGCAGUAUUACACGGCACCGGUGAUCACCACGUCCGCGUCAUCGUCGACUCCGCGGCCGGUGAACUCAACGCUAUCCUACCACACCAAUAUCAACCACGACAACAUUCACAACAACAAUCACAGGGGCGUGAAAGAUGGCGUGUUCAGUGGCGCCCUACGCCGUCGCGGCUACUAUGCGAUGGCCAAGUACAUGCGGCAGGCCGGAGUGGACUCAGUGCUCGAAGAAACUGGUCCUUUUACCAUAUUCGUGCCCACAGACAAGGCGUUUCGUGCUUUACUUGUACAGCUAGGUGGUCCAGAUCGUGCUGAGGACAAGUUUCGCGAGAACCCACGUUUACUGAUCGGGCUUCUGUUGCACCACGUCGUACCCGGAGCGUUCAAAGCUGCUGAUCUGAUGAUCGGAGACGAAAUGACUGGCGUCAGCUUGGCGGGCACGCAGCUCCGGGCCAACCUGUACUCGCGGCAGCUGUACGACAACCGAUGGAACGACAUCGAAGUGCUCACCGUCAACGGGGCUCGGGUGCUGGAGGACGUGGUUCCGGCAUCGUCCGUGACCACGGACGAUGGUUCCUCGGCGGACGACGUAGGCAGCGUCGGGUCUGCGCAACAGCGCAGGGAUAUUGUGCUAUCAUCUGGUGCCGAAGGAACCGGACUCGGAGGGACCGGAGAAAAUCAACAAAUCAUGGCUAUCGGGCACGCCGUCGAUCGCGUACUGUUCCCGUUGCCCGUGGGAGACGUGUUGGCCACGAUGAGGGCCGAUCGCCAACGGCGUUACUCCGUGUUUCUGCGAGCCGUAGAUGAGCACUGUUCGUCCGGCGUACGAUCCAUGCUCACCGGCUCCCGGACGCUGACGGUGUUCGCGCCCAUGGACGAAGCGUUCCGCGUGCGCCGCGGCUCGGGUAACCACACGGCCGCCGGCAGCGGGUCCAUCGUCGACUGGCUGCUGCGAGAGGACGCGACCGGCCGGUUCAAGAAACGGGACCUUCGUCGGAUUGCCGAUCGGUUCGUGCUCAGCCAUUUGGUGCUGGCCGGGCCGGGCGACCCGCCGAUGUACACCGCCGGGCUACGGUUCUACCAGGUCAAGGACACCGCGUACCGGCUUCCCGUCGGCGGAAGCUCGGCGCCGGUGGAAGACGGCGACGGCGUGACGACGGACGACAGCAGCGACCGCGACGGCGACGACGGAUUUUCCACGUUGCCGCCGGUUGACGGCGAAAAACCCCGUUACUAUCAACUGACCGUCUACAAGGAUUCAGGUAGGAUACGGCUGAACGGCGGUGCCGCCCAGGUGUUGGUUCGAAAUGUACCAGCCACCAAUGGCGUACUUCACGGAUUGGACGCGCCACUCGUUUGAUGACUAGAAUCGUACUUAAAACAAUCCAUGGUUCGAUUUGGAUCCGUAUCUACGUUGAAAGUCAUCGUUUUUAUUUAUUAAUUAUUUUGAUAGUUGUACUAAUUUUUUUCGUUCUCGCUUUAAUUCAUGUACACAUUACUACAGCAAAAAUAACCUGCGUCUAUUUACUAUUUUUAUGAGUAUUUUUAUUUUUUAUUUUCCUUGCGUGUUUUUUUUUUCGAUUUUUAUGCAUUAAGAUAAUAAUACAUAAGUAUUAUAAUUACAUUAUUCUUUUGUUUUGUACUCAGAAACGGAAUAAUUACGACAGAUACUACAUAAUACGUUGAAAUACUAUAUUAAGAAGUUUAUAAUUUAAUUUUUUUUUAU